UGAUUUUUGAUCAAAUUUUGAUUUAUGUUUGAUGUUUUCUGUGUUCUGUUUGUCAUAAUGAUUAUGUCAGAAGCAAAGAAUAUAUUGGAAAUAUAAGCCAUGUGUGAAAAGAUUCAGACUUUAAAUUGUAAGUUUUACAUUUAAUGACUGCAAUUGGGUGAACACGGUGCUAAUAAACUAGUAUAAAUGUACCUUUUACUACUUUGCUAUUCCACAAAUAGGUAUAGUGCUACAAAAUUAACGUUACAUAUUCUGUGAUGGCAUAACUCAAUGUUUUAAAACAAGAUCAAAUAGCUGUGGGUGUUCAAUGAACCAAAUAUUCGUUGUCAUCAGUUUCCAUGAGGAGCAAAAACACCUGCACAUACUGUGAUCAUGGCUGCUAAGAUGCCUUCUCAGGGAGGUUCCUCUGUACAGUCAGAUCUCAGAAUUGUGAUCGUAGGAAAUGCUGGAGAUCAUAAGAAUAAAGUGGUAAAAUCAGUGCUGAACUGUGAGAAUCCGACAGGAGUGAAAGUUGGGCUCUGUACUUUACAUCAGUGUGAACAUGAAGGAAUAAGGAUCAGUGUUGUUGAAGCACCAGGAUGGGAUAAAGUCUCAAAGCAAACCCCAAAAAGCAUCAAGAAAGAAGUUGUCAGAAGCGUGUCACUAUGUCCUCCAGGACCUCACGCUCUUCUUCUGGUCAUUCCUGUAAAAACUCUCUCUAAAGAACCUUCUACCAGUGAAAUUACAGCAGCACAGAUGCACAUGGAGUUGCUGUCAGAGCGCAUCUGGAAACACACUAUCCUGCUGUUUGCUUGUGAUGAUGGCCUGGAGGAACCACAAAUCAAAGAGCACAUUCGCGGCUCAAAAAAAAUCCUGGAAAAGUGUGGAGGACGAUCCUAUGUUCUUCAGAAGAGCGCUUGGGAAUCUCCCGCUCAGAUCAAUGAACUAUUAAAGAAGAUAGACAACCUGGUGAAGGAGAAUCAUGGUGAUUUCUUCAUACCACAAGCUGAACUGAAGCAUGAAGUCAUACCGCGCAAGACAAAAGCGUCUGGAAAGAGUGAGAUCAGACACAGACGUGGAAGUUUGGACAAUCCUCCUACCUUGAAUAAAGAUAAAGGAGAUUCUAGGGAGAGGAAAGAAACCAAAGAGGCUGACAAACAUACACCUUUAGAAGACACUCCAAAAAUCUACAUGGACGUCAAACAGUUUGUAGUGAUAUUGAUGGCUGUAGUUGGAGCACUUAUUGGUGCAGUUACUGGAGCUCAAAAUGGAGUUUCAGGGUCUUGCAUGGGAAUAAUCUUUGGUGUUGUUGUAGGGAUUUUACUUGCCAGUUUCUCCAUGUACAUUUACACUCCACACAUUUAUUCACACUCUUAUCUAAAGAAACCUACACAGCGUACAUCAUAAGCACUUGAAUCACAAAGUUUGGAAGUUACAAGCUAGUACAGAUAUAAAAGUGCAAACAGUCCAGCUUUAUAUGCUUUAUAUUAAAGAUGUGCAGGUGUUUGCUGGAUUUUGUGUCCUGUUGUGUUCAUGGAUUUGCCUGAGCGAUUGUGUGAAGAAGAGAAUGUGGAGUCCAGAGCUACAGUGAAAACAGCAAUAUACUUUAUAAACACGCUGAUGUUUCUUAAAUCUUCUGUGAAGGAUCUUACACAUUUCAGGUGUUUUUUUUAAACACAUCAGCGUGUUUUAUUAUGUUUCUCGUGUGUCAUCAUGGGGCUUUAAAUGACUGUACAAGCACUGUGCAAAUAAAAUUUAUUUUUCACUAAAAUAAUUUUUGUUUGUUUAGGAUAUGUAUAGGUUACGUCUAAACUAAAUUUAUGGCCCAGUAAGCAGAUACUAAGAUUUUGGAAAAUAUAUUGACAUUUAAUGGUAUUUCAUUGCAGUUUAUUGGUAAAUCAUAAACACACGUGUCAUAAAUAAUGUCAGGCCAUUUUCCAUUUCUGGAGUUUGCACCUACUGCAACAAUUUACUGAUAAAACAAGCUCCGGCUCUGGAAUAAGCAAGAGUUUAUUCAUGGAACUACAGAGAGAUGAAAUUCAUUAGAUUCACUGGAAAUAUUACUUUAUCUUUUGUUGAUUCCCAUUUGUUGGUGCUUUCAUCCUUUAUGCAUUUAUUAAAUGUAAACUAUUUAGGAUAUAAUGUACUAUGAAUAGGUUUAAAGUGUUUCUAGUGAGGUUUAGUUUUGUGGAGCUCAUAGCGCCCUCUGCUGUCAGCGCCUCGUGUGGCUACCGGAAAUACAACGUGCUGCAUCCCGGAAAUACUCACUGCUAGUGGCGCGAAAUCUCUGGUCAUUCUUGGGUAAUUACAUUAAACUGCGUCUUAAACUGUUUUAAAUGGUGUUUCUAAAUCUUGUAUAAGACAUGGGCAUCCAUACUCAAGUGUACAGAAGGAUGAAAUAACUUUUCAGGACAAAGACAACAUGAAGAGCAACAAAUAAAUACGAGUAAAGGUGAAGAUGAGCAAACGCAGAUCAGCCGCUCUCACUGAAAUCCAGCGCGUCUGAACUAUUUUAAACAUUUCUUUCAAAACAUUACAUGUUUUCAGCAGUUUUUGUUUUUAGUUUGUUCCAAAAGGUUUAUGUAUAAUUGUAUAAAUGUAAGAAAUCUGGUUCAUAAUUCAGAAGCUAAAUUAUUUAUUUUUUUCAGUCAACAAAAUUCACAGGUUUAUGAAAUAUUCAGCUUAAAUAUUUCCAAAACCUGCUUAACUGGUAUAAUCAUGUAGUAUUUUGUAGAACACUUCUUUAAUAUUAUUAACAUGUUUCCACAUUUUCCAUGCUUUGUCCCAAUGGAUACAUAAAUAAAUAAAAAAGACCCCCCAAAACUCUUGCUGCAGGAUAUUUUUCUCACAAAAACCCAUCACUUCGCUUCAGAAGGCCUUUAUUAACCCCCUGGAGCUGUAUGGAUUAUAUUUAUGAUGGAUGGAUGCAUUUUUUUGGGCUUCAAAACACGCCCCCUGUCCACUACCAUUAUAAAUCUUUGGAGAGCAAGAAUAUUUUUAAAUAUAUCUCCGAUUGUGUUCGUCUGAAAGAAGAUAGUCAUAUACACCUAGGAUGGCUUGAGGGUGAGUAAAUCAUGGGAUAAUUUUCAUUUUUGGGUGAACUAACCCUGUAUAUCGCAGAUGUUUCAUAUCAUAGUUUUGCCGGAUCCUCGUGGACCAACGAUGAAGACGGAGUUACUUUCUCCAGUGCAUUUCAACAGCUCCAGCAAGUGCCUGAACACACACACACACACACACACACAGACAGACACAGACAGAGCGUAAGAAUCCACACACACAUUUACAGCAGACAGGUCAGAUAUUGUGUAACUGGACACACUCGUGCUGUGAGUCCAGACCCGCGGGCUGAUCCGGCAGCUUCUGGUAACACAGUCUCUCAUGCAGAAGCCUCUGAGCCUGCAGACACGAUCACACCAGUAAACACUGCAGAAAUGUGUAGAGACAGAAUCAUCAGAAAACCAUUUGACAUUACACAGAAGAACAUGUAUUUAAUGUCAAUUAACCAGACACACAGUUACAAAUUUUGCAAUCUUUAUGUAUUAAAGGUCUUUAUGUAUUUGCAACUGUAUAGCUGAUAUUUGAGAAAGUAUCUGGAUUUUUGAAACAUAUGACCAACUAUGAGAUCCUACGAAAUCACACCACCAGAGCUCGCAUGCGCCUUAUAUCCAAUUAUUAAAUAUUAAUUUACCAGGGUAAAGUAUUGUUCAAAGUUCAUAAACAACACCAUAAACUGCAUAAAGGAAAGUAUUUUUUAUACGGAUGUAAAGGUACAGAAAAACAAGCUGCUAACAAGGCGAGAGCAAAAACACCUGAGCAGCUGCACAUACUGUGAUCAUGGGUGAUACAUCUUCUAAGAGUAGAUCAACUGAUCGAGAAAAGGGUAGAAAUAUUUCGUGAACGUGAGCAGACACAUGGAACUUUCCAUAUAAAUGUUCUUAACGUGAAAUAUGAAAUCAAAGAAGAUCCAGAAAAGAAGACAAAGAAAGUAUAUAUGGACACCCACAAAUUGACGGCUAUAGUUGGAGCACUGAUUGGUUCAGUUGCUGGAGCUCAAUAUGGAGUUUCAGGGUCUUGCAUGGGAAUAAUAUAUGGUGUUCUUGUAGGGAUUGCGCUUGGAAAAUUGGUAUGAUCAAAAAGUUAUGGUAACAUGUUUGUACAUUACUUUUUUGUUACGAUCACCAGCUGGAGUGCCUUUGAUAUCAACCAUAGGGCACUCCCCUCAUGUUCAUUGCCUUUCACACAUGGACUACACUUCCCAUAAUCCAUUGCUCAGACUCAUCAUGUGUGAUUACAUCCACCUGUGUCUCAUUUACCUUGUUAACCUAUAUAAGCCUGGUUUAUUCAGUCAUUCAUUGUGAAAUCGUUCACUGCGUUUCUGAGUGCUCUGUCUUUGGUUUCUCAUGUUCAUGGUUUUUGACUUCUUGCUCAUUUCCUUUGGACAGUUUACUUGUGUUUUGAUCUCUGCCUGUUUUUUAGAUUAUGUCUUUGGGUUACCCUUUUAAUAAACUACUGCAUUUGGAUCCUCAA